AUGGACCGCAAUCGCAGGCCAUCCGGCUGGGAUGAGCUGCCAGACGAGAUCUUACUGCAGAUCAUCGCUUACCUUGAACCAUAUCAUAUUACGUGCCUGCAGCUUGUUUCGCGCAAAUUACAGGAACUCUGCCUGGACGACGAGUUGUGGAAGCAAAAUUGCUUCGACAGCUCGCCAUGGUAUUUACAUCUCCAAAGCCGCCGCCUCGCUCCUCCCGCAUUUUUCGGCCACAUCUCUGAUGGUCACGACACGCAAAUUGCAGCGCAGGACGUCGUAUCCGCAUCCGAAAGCAUAGAUCGAGUCACACCGCAGCCUUCGCCGCCGAUAGACGACAGCAAACGCCACAGAUGGCAAAAGAUGCAAGACAUGUGCAACUGGGACCCUUCAUUCCCGACCGAGCGAGUAUCGUGGUACGAUGAAUAUAUUCAGCGCUAUGGACCAGCCUGUAUAUCGUGGUUGCAAACGCCGCGCAUGCGAGACCGUGGAUUGGACGCUAUAAUCGAAUCGCGUGGUGUUGCCCUGUACAAUCCCUGCAGCGGCGACGGUGGCGAGAAAACAAUGCUCGCCGUCUCCCCACUCGAUGAUGGAUCCGUCUGCCUCUGGGAUGUAAAGGGAACUCGAGGCAAGCAGGGUGGAAUAAUUGGGCGUAGUAAGCCGGAUAUCCUGUUCAUCGACGGCCCCGGUGGCCAGAAUCAGCGGCGGUCGAAGCGCAUCGACACUGGUGUGACUGAGUGUUCCAGAGUCGUGAGUGCAUUCGAUGCUGCAGCGCAGAUUCAUGUUGCUGAAUGUGAAAUAGAUCUCAUUGAGGUUGACCUGGACCGCCUCGAAGUUGUGAGCCGCCAAUCGUUUGAAUGGUCAAUUACGACCAUGUCGGCCAUCAACGAUGGUCUUCCUCUCACGGUUGGAACGUCUCUCGGCAUUCAUCUGCACGAUUUUCGGACACAUUCUAUAAUCUCGAGCGACAGAUCUGAGCGAGUUGAAUGGAAUGAGUCUGACGUUUAUAAAUCUAUAUUCGAUCCCAAGCCGCUUCCUCCCUACGCGUCGCUUUCUCAACCAACUCCGAUCAGCAUCCUCCAUCUUCCGAAGCCCGGAUCGCACAACCUGAUAUCGGACGACAUUUAUGUAUCUGGUCGAUUCACCAACAUUCUACACUAUGAUCGGCGCAAAUUCCCUGCCAUUGUGGGAUCAAUUUAUUCCGGCGGGCUGAUAAAGAGUCUGGCUUCCGUGCCAUAUCCGUAUUCGACAGUAGACUACGAGGUCCGGCGGCAGGGCGAGUUCCCGGUGGAGCAAGUAGCACGAAUCAAAAGGAGUGGCAGCGGAGUCACCAUGAUUGCUGGCGGUGUGUAUAAGCUGAAAGGCUCACUCGAGAUGUAUGGGUUGAGCUCGACUGUGCAUUCAAACAACCGCGCGACAUUGCAGAAUGCCGCAAUGAAGAAUCGGCAAACGGCAGCGUCGUCGACGAUUCUCUCGCUGACGACGCAUGGGACCAAGAUUGCAUUUUCGGAUGGAAGUGGGCUGAUCAAGUGGUUUGAACGAGAUGGCUUUACGGAAUGCCGGCGACACAAGAUUGGGUCGUGCGACGCAAGGGAGAAAAAUCUCUUUUCCAGCAGCGGACGGGGCGAGAUUGCGCGCAAGAUUGUGUCGACCAAGUCGUGUGGGGAUGACGAUCGACCGAACAAUGACAAUAUACUAUUUUGGACAGGGGAGAGGCUUGGUCUGCUGAGCUUUACGACAAGUCGGCUAUACCACUCGGACGAUUUUGAAGCGCGGGAUGAAGAGGCGGCAGCGGAGGAAGACAAGCGACAGCAGUAUGCAGACAAGAUGCGCUCGGCGCUUGAGAGACAGACUGACGAGAUUCGGCUCAUGAGCCGCUUCGGCCAUGGGCAAGCAUAA